AUGGCAGAUUCCCGUCGCCGGAGCCCCGACAGCUCCAGAAGGCGUAGGAGCGAGGGAAGAAGAGACUCUCGCGAGUACACUGCCAAUCGGUCGAACAUGCCGUCCUAUUACACCGACCAACAGCCACAACAACAACACCAACAGCCCAGGCCGUACGUGACGCCGCAGAAUUCGACGCCCCAGUCCCAACACCACUAUGAAUACCAGCAAUACUCCCAGCAGCGGCAGUCGCAGUCGGCGCGCCGUUCGCGAGCACCCUCUAGCAGCUCGUCGUCGGGCAGCACUAACUCAUCAUCAUUAAUGGACAUAUCCCGAUUCCAGGACACGAAGACGUUUGGUGGCGUCUUCAGCACAUUUUUCCGAGCACCAUCGGAGCGACGGAGGGUGAGGCGGAGGAGGAGCGGCAAGAAGAAGUCGCGCGUCCUCUACUUUGGAAACUCGUCGUCCUCGUCAGUCAAUUCGGAUCUGGCUUACGGCACCGGGAGGAGCCGCGACUUCAGCCAACAGCACACUCCAACCCACGCGCCGGUCCAGCCUGCAACUUACGCGGCGGCGCAUCACUCCUCGCCCCAUGGACAGAACCCCCCCUACUACCAGCAGCAGCAACAGCAGCAGCAGCCGCAACCGCAGCCUUUCUUUAACAACGAGCCUCACCGCCCGCUCCAUGCCGAGCCACAGUCCAUCAAUCCGGUAGGUGUCGCCGCCGCAGGGGCAGCGGCCGGCGUGGCCGCGAGUGCGGCGCUGGGCCUGGCUGCCGACUACUAUCAUCCCGAUGUCCAGAUCCCAUCUAAGCCGGCCACGCCCCAGCGACGGAAGACGGAUGAUGAGAUCAUGGCGAUCGGUCGCCAGCUGUCCGACCUUGCCAAGCGCCAGAACGAGGAGGACCUGAGGGCGCGAGGCGUAACUCGACCAUCACGGUUAGUAUCCGCCGCUGCCAAGAUUGAAGAGUAUCGCAAGUUGAGGAAGUCUAGAAAAAAUAACAUGAACCGCGGGCUGGUGUACUCCAAGCCGCACCGCGACUCCUCUGAUGAUGACUCGGAUUGGGAAUCGGCUUCCGACGACGAUUCGUCCGAGGAUAGCGCCGAUUCUGAGAUGGCGUACGGAACCGUUGUGUCGCAGGCCAUCCGCCCCUCAACUGCAGCCAUUGGUGCCGCGGGCGCUGCGGCAGCGUAUGGAAGAUACUCGAACAACAACAACAACAAUAGCCGUCCCGGAUACGGUAACCGGAAUGUUGUUGACCCGACGUUAUUUGGACCCUACAAUUCACUCCGUGGGAUGAUCAACACACCCUGCGGUUUUGGAGAUGAGCGGAACGGAGCAGCCCAGCACAAGGGACCUAAUCCUCUGAAGCGCUCCUCGACAGAACCGUUGGGGCCUAUGCAUAAUGUCUACCCGAUGCCAACCUCUGAUCCACUCAGGUUUAACGCCGGUCGUGACCCCCGCCAUGAGCAUACGCGCCCUGCACCUGUUCCGUUGCAGCACCCCGCCCCGAGGACCCCUGUGCCUGACAAGGUCUUCAGGGCAGAUAAGAUCGAGGACGUCAGUCGCAGGGAGUCUGCACGCGAUCGUUCAGACUCUUCCCCGGGUUUCGGAAAGAUGGCUGCCGGUGCUGCGGCUGCUGGCGUUGCCGCCGCGGUGAUUGGCGGAGCGUUGACCAAGGACAAGAGCAAGGACGACCACGAGUCUCGAGACCACCGUAAUGGUGACGAUAAGGAUCGGGAGAAGCGAUCCCGCCGAGCCGAUCGGGAAGACGAGAAUGAUACGGAGUCGCGGAAGUCGAGGCCUUCGUCCCAGUUCCGAGACGAGGUCGACAAGUACGCCAGGUAUGCCAAUGAAAGGUCCUCCAAGUCCAAAGGCGACAAGUCCUCCAAAUCCAGAGACGACAAGUACUCUCAGUAUUCCGAUGAUAGGGCCUCCAAGUACGACGAUGACAGAGGCUAUAAGUACGAUGAUGACAAGUCCUCAAAGUCAAGAGAAAAGUCAAGAGACAGCAAAUACUCUGGGUAUGCCGAUGACAAGGUGUCCAAGUACGAUGAUGACAAGUACUCGAAAUACAGUAACGCAAAGUCCUCGAAACGCGAUGACAAGGUUUCUAAGUACGAAGACGACAAGUACUCUAAAUCUAGAGACGACAAGCACUCAAAGUACGGAGAUGACAAGUAUUCCAAGUACGAGGACGACAAGUACUCUAAAUAUAGAGAUGACAAAUACUCCAAGUACGGAGACGACAGAUACUCCAAAUAUGGAGAGUCUUCGAAAUCCAAGGACUACGAGGAGCCUUCCAAUUCUCGAGAACUUCCAGCUCUGCAGAAGCUUCCCUACGAAUCCACUCCUGCUUCCGACACUUCCUCAAAGGCGCCAGUUGACCCCUUCCAAUUUCAGGUUGACAAUUUCAUGACGCCUGCAGUGUCAGACCCCGCACGCCCUUUGACUCCCAUGGUGGUGACGGUUGAUCGCGAACCAGUAUUUGAUGACGAUUCCCCGCCGUACACGCCACCAGGUGAUAGGAGGAUGAGUCGGAAAGACUCCUUCGAGCUUGAGCAGCAGUAUCAGACGAGGGCAGCUGACGAAUUCCCGAGUUUUGUCAGCCGCGUCGCUCCUGCUGUAGUGCCUGCCGCAGCAGCAGCAGUAGCCGCUGGUGCGAUUGUCGCGGCAUCGAAGUCUGACGAUGUUCCUAAAUCUACUGAGCCUUCACGCGAGCGCAAAAAGGAGAGCAGGAGUAGGAGCAGAAGUGAGAGGAAAGCUACAGAGUCCAAAGACGAAAUCCAGGAACAGGCAGACCGAUAUUAUCGAGAAGCAGAGCAAGCUAGGAAGAAGGCAUCUGAAGAGAUACGGUCUCGUAGCCCGUCCCCCGAGGCUAAAGGAAACGAGCGUGAGCACGUCCGCGUUGUCACACCGCCCGGGUAUCGGGAACGUACCAAAGGGCUUUUCGACGGACCGAAUGCUGAUGUGUUGAUCGACCACAUGUUCUUUCCACAAGAAUCAGAGCGGUUCCGCACAGAGCGCAGAUUGGACGGCAGCUUUGCUUCAGCGAGAGACCCCUCUGCUGACGGAGAGCGACCUGUUCUGAACCUCACAUACCCUACCCCCGAGUCAAGCCGCGCCCCCUCGAGUUCUCGUGAGCCUGACCCUGCACCGGAGAAGGAACCGGAGAAGGAGCCGGAGUGGGACAAUGUCCGAGAUGUUGAGCCCGAGGCUAACAAGCGCCGAGAUUACCAUGAUGACACGUCAAGAUCUGACGUUGGUACUCGGCGUAGUAAUGAUGAGAGAGACGACACCACCUCGACAUAUGUGAUCGGAGCGGGCUCCUAUGACCAGGUGACAGUAGCGCCCCCCACUCCCAAGUCAGUGAAAUGGGGAGAAAAUGAGACCAAGAGCUACGAAGUCAUCACUCCCGAGGCAAGAGACGAUGUCGAACAUGACUUCAGUCGCUCUCAACCUGACGACAAGCCACGCCCUCGCCUGGAGAAGGGUAGUCAGUGGGGUAUGAUGGCUGCUGCAUUGGCCGCCGGUGCCGCCGGUGCCGCUGGAACCUUUGCCGGUUCAAUCAUUGGAUCGAAAUCUCGAGAGGAUGACGAUGCAGGCUCAUCGCGAUCCCUUGAGAAGCAGUCAACGGACGGUAGCUUUGACAAGUUGGAUGAUCUGAUGGAUGCCCCCCCUGUCCCAGGACCUAAGCCUGCAAGCCCUAAGCCAGAGCAUAUGCCUGGUGGUUAUGCAGACGACAUCGAAUUCGCCGCAACCCUGGCAGCGGGUCUGAAGCACACGGGCUUUGAUGCCAACAUUGUGAUUGAUGACCCCACGUAUCAUCGAAGAGACUCACCCCCUGGUUCGAAUGAACUGAACGGCAAGCACUACUAUCCCCCUGCGGUGGACUCUGUAUCAGACUUGAGUCUCCAAGAGAAGCAUCGCGGCCCCGAGCCGGGCUUCGUUCUGGGUGAAGUUGAAACGCCCAAGGACGAAUCCCUGCCGUUUCAGGAUACCGAAGACUCUGCUUUGAAAAAGCUGAGCAAGAAGGAGAGGAAGAGACUUGCGAAGCUCGCAAAGGAGUCCUCUGAUGUUGCCGACGCGUCACAAGUCUCAUAUGAGCCGGAGUCCCAGUCAAGAGCUAUAUACGAGGACCCUGAACAAGCCGAGCCGGAGCCGAAGCUUAGCAAGAAGGAAAAGCGCAGGCGAGAGAAGGCUGCAAGAGAGUCCAUUCUCGAUGGACAGGACAGUGAUGGGCAGAUUUAUGCUGAGCCAGAACCCCUCAAUCACUCUGAAGCAUCCUGGGAAAACUGGGAAGAUACCUCGGAUCUGAAAUCACGAGUUUCGAGAGCUCGGGGCAUCGAUAGUUCCGAGCAUUCGCUCGUUUCGGCACCGAUCGGUUCACCAUCAGAGGUGAGGUCAUCCAGGGCGAUCCACUCAGAUGACGAAUGGGAGUCCACCAAGAAGUCAAAGAAGAAAUCGAAACGUAGCUCAGGCUAUGAUUCCCCUUCACGAGACUUACCCGUACGAUCGGCUACGGCAUCGGAGGUCGGUGUCGAGGAUUCAGGGAAGAAGAGCAGGAAGUCGAAGCGAAGAAGCGGCACGGACGACGACUUUUACAGAUAUGAUGACGAGCGACGGAGUCGAACCCGUGAUCUCUUCGAGGACCGCGAAGUCAGUUCGAUAGUAUCUGAGCCUCGCACCGAGGACCGACAGAGGAAGAGUCGUAGCAGCAAAACCGAUUACCGUUAUGACGACGAUGACACCAAGUCUGUUGCUUCCGCUCCUGGUUCAUCACGGAAGAGCAGGGAGUCUGAGAGGAGCAAGGAGCCCGACAGGAGAUCAAGUGGACUAUUUUCGAGCAUAUUCAAGUCCAGCAAAGAUGGUGAAAAGCAGAAGAAGGAUUCUUUUUUAGGUAAUGCCGGCACUUUUGGCGCGGGUGUCGGCAUCCUAGGAAUUGGGGCAGCAGCUCUCACUCCUUUCAACGCCAACAAUGCUUUCUCGGAAAAGAAGACUGACCAUGAGGAUAUUUCUGAAUGGUCGCGUAAUGUCGAGAAUUAUGACCCCGACAUCGUGGCUCGUGCAAUAAAGCCGGCCAUUGAUCCCCAGUAUGGGGAUCUUCUUCCACUUCCCCCAAGUGAGCCUGGUACGCCUGUGGGCACGCCAGAGGAACUUCCUACCUUACCGGAUAGCCGGCCAGAUACUCCUCCAGAGGAGCGAGCAUUCAGGCGUGACCGUCCAUUUCACAACCGGCGACGAAGUGCUCAGGAGACGCCGUCCAAAACUCCUAGCAACACCGCCAUCCCCAUCCAACUCCGAAUGGGAGGCCGAUCUGGGCCCUCUUCCCCGGCUCUUUUCAAGGCUUCGCCCAUAAGCUCCCCUGUUGUUGGCAUGGCCGAAAGCCCGACCAGAUCCAGCCCAACGGUGGUGCGACGACCUACCUCAUGGGAUAGCAGCCGCGAGUUCAAGCCACUGUACUUGGUCGAGCACUCUCGCCAUAUCUCCAUCGACGCGCCCAUCCUGGAAGCCGAUCUCCCUCCUUUGCCUCCAAGCGAAUCAUCCGCUCGCGGGUCUCCUCCCGAGUCUGAAGGCUGGGAGUCUGCCCACGAAUAUGCACAGGCUAUGAAUGACCGAGGAUUCGACUACGGCCACUACGGUGAUAAUUCUGGAUUGCGACUUGAUACAUCUUUGCCUCUGGCGCAGCCUACCCACGACGAGGCUGGCUCUCAGGAAAGCACACCCAAGGCUGAAACGAGGCCAGAGUUUCCAGAUAUGUCAUCGCUUCCAAGAGCUCUUGAUCAGGGCGAGCCGAGUACCCUGGGUAGCCCAAUCGAGAUGCGCCAGCCGGAGCCUGAGCCUGUUGAAUCCACAUCAAGAGAUAGAAGUUCAUACCUGCUGCAGUCUGCCCCCUCAUCUGAGAAGUCAAUUCGGUCCAUUCGCGGAGAUUUCGACGACUACAGGUUGCCUGAGGCUCCCAACUCUCCCACCAGGAGGUACGGUGCAGAGGAAAUGCCCGUGGUAGGCUAUAAGGAUGACCUGGCCUCUGGUGAUGACCACUUCUCCGAUGCUCAUGACAUUAGCAGCGUCAGAUCCGUUGAGCUAAUUUCUGAUACUGUUAAGGGCAAGGGCAAGAGUGUAGAGUUUGUCGAACCUUGGGUUGCUGAAGAUGUCUCUACCUCUGGAGAUGCGCUUGCCAUCGAACGGGCUCCUGCCGCUGAAGAUGCUUCCGUCAUCGAGAAGACUCCUGCUACUGAGGAGAUCUCUUCUAUUGAAAAGGCUCCUGCCACUGAAGCUAUCCCUGUCGUCGGAGCGACUCCGAUUGUUGAAGAGGUCUUAUCUGUCGAAAAGGCAGCCGCCACUGGAGAUGUCCCUGUCAUUGAAGCGACUCCUAUUGUUGAAGAGGUCUCUGCCGAAAAGACUCCUGCCACUGAAGAUGUCUCUGUCAUUGAAAAGACUCCUGUCGUUGAAGAGGUCUCGUUUGCUGAAAAGGCUCCUGCCACCGAGGAAAUCUCUUCUACUGAAAAGACUCCUGUUGUCGAAGAGGUCUCUGCCACUGAGGAUAUUUCUGUUAUUGAAAACACUCCGACUGUUGAAGAGGCCCCUGUCGUUGAAAAGGUUCCUGUCACCAAGGAAAUCUCUUCUAUCGAAAAGGCUCCUAUUACCGAGGAGACUUCUGUCGAACAGGCUCCUGUGGCAGAGGAAACACCUAUUACUAAAGAGGUCCCUGUUACUGGGGAGGAAGAGCCCACGGCUGAGGAGUUAAGCAAAAUGUCGGCUAAGGACAGGAAGAAGGCUAAGAGAGCAGCUAAGAAGAGAGCUGAGGCGCUGGCUCUUGGCGCUACCGAAGACGUUUCUGUCGCUGAAACGGCACCUGCCGCCGAAGUUGUCCCUGUCAUUGAAAGCACUCCGGCACUUGAAGAGGCCCCUGCCACUGAAGAUGUCUCUGUCGCUGAUAAUGUUCCUGCCACUGAGGAAAUCUCUUCUAUCGAAAAGACACCUGUCACCGAGGAAAUCUCUUCUAUUGAAAAGGCACUUGCCACCGAAGAUGUUUCUGCUGCUGAAAAGGCUCCUGCCACUGAGGAAAUCUCUUCUAUCGAAAAGGCCCCGGUUGCCGAAGAGAUUUCUUCCGUCGAAAAGGCACCUCUCACUGAGGCGACACCUGUUACCAAAGAGGUCCCUGGGGAGGAAGAGCCUACUGCUGAGGAAUUAAGUAAAAUGUCAGCAAAGGAUAGGAAGAAGGCCAAGAGAGCGGCCAAGAAGAGAGCCGAGGCGCUGGCUCUUGGCCUUGCUGCUGGUGUAGCUGUCGGUGUUGCUGCUAAUACUUCGAAAUCGACUGAGUCCGAAACGCCUGCGCCUACAGAGGAAGAAACUUCUGCCCUUGAACAAGCACCUGCCAAUGACAAGGCCAUUACCACAGAAGAGAUUCCUCCAGUAGAAAAUGCCCCUAUUGCAGAUGAAGCUUCUACAACAGAAAAGGCCCUUAAUGCGGACGAGGCUCCAACAGCAGAAAUACCCCCCACCACCGAGGAGAUUCCCCUGACAGACAAUGCCCCUUUUGAGGAUGAAGCCCUGACUACAGAAAAGGCCGUGGUUGCGGAUGAGACACCAAUAGCAGAAAAUGUUCUCACCACAGAGGAGACCCCCAUGGUAGAAGAGGUUCCUACUACAGAUGACGCCCCGAUCACAGAAAAGGCCCUCGUCGCCGAAGAUGCUCCUACGCCAGAAAAUCUUGUUAUCACAGAGGAGGUUCCUACGACAGAGAAACUUCCUACUGCCGCUGAGGUUGCUCUCACAGAAGAGGUCCCAACUGCAGAACAGGUUCCUGCCGUAGAGGAGGUUCCUAGCACAGAACAGGCUCCCCGUAUAGACGAGACCCCGAUCGCAGAAGAGGCCCUGGCUCCAAAGGGUGCUCCUCCCAUUGAGGAAGCACCUGUCACAGAGGAUACUUCAAUCGCCAAGGAGCUUCCUGCUACAGCGGAAACCUCCACUGAGGAAGCCCCUACUAAGGAGGAAGCCCCUGCUGUAGAGGAAGCCCCUACUACUGAGGAAGCACCUGCUAUAGAGGAAGCCCCAAGGAAGGAGGAAGCCCUUGCGUCAGAGGAGCCUACUAUUGCCAAGGAGGCUCCUGCCACCGAGGAGCCCCCCACUACAGAGGAAGCCAUUACUCCUAAGGAUAUUCCUGCUAUUACAGAGGAUUCAGUUCCAGAUGAGGUUACUAGGGCUAAGGAGGUUCUUCCUAUGGAAGAGGCUCCGGCUACAGAAAAGGCCACAAUUCCUCAAGACAUUUCUACCACCCCGGAUGCUUCUGUCGUCAAGGAAGGCCCUGUUUUAGACGAUGUAGCGACUUCCAAGGAGAUAUCUGCCUUGGAAGAGACUCCAGUUGUAACGGAGGAUCCUGCUGUCGAGGCUGCCCGUGUUGCAAGAGACGCUGAAAUUGCAGCAGAGGAAGCAGAACUCGCUGCGCUAGAGCUCAAGAAGUCAAAGAAGACAGGCAGACAUAUUCUGAGAAAGGAUAGGGAGCGCUAUGCAGUCUUGGUCGCAAACGCAGAACAGCGCGCCGCAGAGCAAGCAGCACGUGAGGCUUCCACCGCCGAAGUGACCCCUCCUACAAAAGAAAAUGCAGAAGAGACCCCAAGCACCAAAGAGGCUCCUGCCACCGAGGAGACUGUUGAAGAAGCACCCGUCGCUCAAGAACACUCUGUCACGGAGACUGCUACAGAGACCUCCGUUGCUCAAGAUAUCCCUGCUACAGAGACUACAGAGGAAGCCCCUGUCGUUAAAGACGUCUCUGCCACGGAUGGGACUACUGAAGAGACUGCAGUCUCCAAAGAGGCAACUGCUACAGAGGCAGCUGGUGAAGAGACCCCUAUUGCAGAAGAAAUCCCUGUGCCAAAGGAGGCCCCUACCGUCGAGGAGGCUUCUUCCGCAGAGCAAGCCAUUGAAGAGACUCCCGUCCCCACAGAUGUCUCUAUCACAGAGAAGACGGCCGAGGAGACACCCAUCGCUGAAGAUAUCCCUGCCGUAGAGACUGCUGAAGAGACCCCCAUCGUCGAAGAGAUCCCAGCCACGGACGAGACUGCUGCAGAAGCUCCAGCUCCCAAAGAGAUAGCUGCUACAGAACAGCCUUCUGAAGAGGCCCCCAUCAUCGCAGAGCCCCCUGCUAUAGAGGAGACAGUUGAAGUAAUUCCCGUUUCCAAAGAGGCCUCUUACACCGAGGAGAUAUCUGCUCCAGAAGAGCCUCCUGUUGCUAAAGAGGCUCCGAUUGUAAAAGAGGACCCUGCUAUCGAGGCUGCUCGUGCUGCGAGAGAGGCAGAAAUUGUAGCAGAGGAACAUGAGCUUGCUGCCCUGGAGUUCAAGAAGUUAAAGAGGGGUAGACUUACUAUGAAGAAAGACAGGGAACGCUACGCGGUCUUACAGGCAAACGCCGCGCAACGUGCUGCAGAAAAAGAGGCUAGAGAAGCAGAAGAGCGAGCAGCCCGUGAAGCUCCCAUCGAUAAGGACGUUCCAGCUGUCAAAGAGGCUCCUGCCGAAGAGGCCCCGGUCACUAAGGAGAUCCCUACUACAGAAGAAUCUACUUUCCAAGCGGCGCCCAUUACCAAUGAGGGUCCGGUUACAGAGGAGGUGCCUGCUGCUAAAACAGAUGACAUUUCCGCUUCGAAGGAGGUUCCUGCUGUUGAAGAAGAACCAACUGCUGAAGAAUUAAGCAAAAUGUCAGCCAAGGACAGGAAGAAGGCUAAGAGAGCGGCUAAGAAGAGAGCCGACGCGCUGGCUUCAGAGACAGCGACUGACUCACAAAUACCUGCCGCAGCAGACGAAACAACCCCUGCGACAGUGGCUGAGGACGCUGAGCAGCCAUCUGUUCGAGAGUCAAAGUCGGGUGGAGAUCUUUCAGUGCAGCCUGAGCCCGAUACUUCGGCAGAAGUUGUAGCCGGAGAUGAAAAAUCUAUUGAGGAUAAGCCCCUCGAAGACAAGCCUGCCGAAGAAAAGCCCUUUGAGGAUAAGCUCGCCGAAGAUAAGCUCGCCGAAGAUAAGCCAGUCGAAGACAAGCCAGUUGAAGACAAGCCUACUGAAGACAAGCCUGCUGAGAAUAAGCCUGCCGAAGACCAGCCCGCUGAAGGUAAGCUAGCUGAAGACAAGCCUGCCGAGGAUCAGCCUGCCGAAGAUAAGCCUGUGGAUGAGCUUUCAACUGCCCUGCCAGAGGCCGUUGGCGAUGUAGAGCAGCCCAAAGUGGAGAGCCACAGCAACACUGAUGCCUUGAAUGAUGCACCAUCGGAAACUGCCCUGGUGGAGGAGACUGCCACCGCCAAGACUACUCAGGAACUUGAAGCAGCAGAAGAUGAGCUGGCUGAACCCAAAGCUGAAUCUCAACCCGAGCCCGUUGACCCGGAGACCACACCGAAGAAGUCAAAGAAGAAAAAGAAGAAGGGCAAAGGAGGAGCACAGGACGUUGAGGAAUCUCAACCUGAGGUUUCUCAGACUGAAGAGACUUCUAAAUCUGAAGAGAAACGUAGCGAUCUCUCUGAACCAGCUACUGAGUCGGCACUUGUGCCAGUUUCUGAAGCCACUGCUGAAUCUACCGAGGCAAAGUCAGAGCAAGUCCUUAAAACUACGCUGGAGCCAGCCACUGAGCCCGUUGCUGAGACCACGUCGGAGGCACCUGUCACGGACACUGCAAUUGGGUCAACCAUUGAUGACCGUGGAGAUGUUGAAGCCAUAGCACAGUCAAUUGAAGCUGACACCUCGAACGAUGCCCCGCCCGAAACUUCGCUUUCUACUCAAGAAGAACCCACUGCUGAAGAUUUAAGUAAAAUGUCGGCGAAGGAGAGAAAGAAGGCGAAGAAGGCGGCGAAAAAGAAGAGCCAGCUUGCUGAGGACGCAUCCUCCAAAGCGGAACAAGAACUCAAAGAAGCGCCUCAGGAGGAACUCAAGGAGGAAACCAAGGAGGAAACCAAGGAGGAAGCCAAGGCAGAACCUAAGGAGGAAGCCAAGGAAGAAUCUAAGGACGAAUCCAAAAAAGAGACCAAGGAGGAAGCCAAAGAAGAAUCUAAGGAGGAAUCUAAGGAGGCACCCUUGGAGGAACCAAGGGCUUUGGCCGACGCUAGCUCUACAGAGGUCCAUGAACACGACGCCACUCAAGAAGCUCCUACGGAUGACCUUGCUAUUACUGAGCAAGUACGCGGCGAUGCUGAAUUUGGAGCUGUCCCAGGGGAGCCGUUUGUUUCCCAGGAUCCUGUCUCUCAGCUGGACGAGGACGUAACUUCUCCAUCGAAGAGUAAGAAGAAAAAGAAGCGCAAGUCCGUGCAGCUCGAUGAUACACCUAAAGUUUCUGGCGAGACCACAGGUGAUCUAGAGUCCAAGACAGAAAAAACUGAAGACCAGCCAGAGAGGCAGGAAGAGUCAAAAGUCGAGGACCUGACUACAGCGGAACCUCAGAUAAUUACCGAGACGCAGCAGCUUUCCGAGGAACCCAUCGGCGACGGCAAUUCCACACUCGAUACCCAACAAGCUGCCGCUGCUACCGAGGCAGAUACGAAAGCACCCGAACCUACCGAUGAUUUGACGACAAGCCAGGAUCUGAUCUCAGAGCCGUUGUUCUCCCAAAAUGAGAGACAGGCAGAAGCCACGGAGGAACCUUCUUCAACAGAACCCACCCAAGUCACUGUGCCGGUUGUAGAAGAACCAGAAGAAGCUACGAGCUCUAAAAAGAAAAAGAACAAGAAAAAGAAGAGCAAGCAGGCAGCCGCAGAACUUGAUGUAUCGGAGACACCUACGCCGGAUAUUACUUCGAUUCCAGGAGACCAAGAGCAACCCAGCGGCGAUAAAGAGACCCCCAGCGCCACUGUCAUCUCAUCGCCAGCGCCGGUUCCCAAGGCUGAGGUUGAUGAUAACGCCAAGGAACAAAAGCCCAAAGACGAUACAGCAGGAUCAGGCUGGGGGUUUCUAAACAAGUUCUUUGGAAGGAAAGCCUCGGAUCAGGAGCCUCAAGAUGUGCCCAGAGAAACCAAAGCCGACACUCAAGACAGAAAAGCAGACGGACAGGGCGCAAGUGAUGUCCCUCAAAUCUCUAGAGAAACCGAUGCGAAGACAGAGAAGUCUAAAUCCGGUGAUUUUGGUUCACUCGACACUCCUGACGCCGGUAAAGAAGACCCCAAGGCUGAAGCGCCAGGCUCUAGUGAUAUUCCUAUCGGUGGAGAGGUCACUGCCGACACAGAGGAGUCUAAAGAUGAAACUCCCGCUGCAGAGGCACAAGACAAACUGCCUGGAGAUGAACCGCUUAGUCCUACCAGCAAGAAGGCAAAGAAGAAGGCCAAGAAGCAGCAGGCCAGGCUAAGCUUAGGCAGCACUCCAGAGACGCCACCAGAAACAACCCAAGACACGGCACCCGAUCCUGCAGAAGAAGCGGUUAAGGUGGUGGAACAACCCGAAGCUGUGGAGCAGAAUGUGAAAGACGAACAAACCAUCCCCGAAACGACUGAAGUCUCUACCGUUGAACCUGAGGUAGUAGCUGAAUCUGGCGAGGCUCAGCCCGAGGAAGCUUCAAACGAACCUUCUACAGAUCCCAAGUUGGAUGCCGAAGUACCUGCUCCUGAGCAGGAGGCCGAAGCCGAGACAUCGAAGAAGAGCAAGAAAAAGAAGAAGAAGAAGGGCGGUGCGGAUUCCCCGGUUCAAUUGCCCAACACAGAUGCUGAUUUGCCGGAUUCUUCCCUUCAGGAAACCGAUAGGACCCCGGAUACUGGCCGAAUCCAGGAUAGCGGAACCGAAAACGUCGUCGACCAUGGCGCAGAGAAACCCUCGAGCUUUGUUAUUCCCGCCGAGGAAAUCUCGACCGGCCUGGAGUCUGAAGCACAAGACGACAGGGGUGGGUUCAAUUCCAAGAAUUCCGAAACGGAUGAGCAGAAUAAGAAAGCUAAAGAAAUCGAGUCUGAGGAAACACAGGACCCCGAAUCGACCGCCCUAUCGGAACCGGACGCGAACUCAUCUCGACCGCAAGAUGACGCAUACCGGACAAUAGAACCCUCCUCAAUAAUCCCCUCGGACGCCGUAUCGGACCCCUCCCAAAUUUCCAAUCUAAAUCCUGUUGAAGAGAGUACCGGGGCUGCUGGGUUGUCUAAAAAAGAGAGGAAGAAAUUGAAACAGUUGAAGGACAAGGAAAUGGCAUCUGGCGUUUUUGACGAGGGAAAUUCCAAUGAAGACAGCCAAGUUGGCGAACCUUCCUCUGUAUCUGAAGCGAAAAGAAAUGAAACGGUUAUGAAUGAUGAAACGUCAAAAGGGGACGAGACAGAAUCAAAGUCCGCCACAUUUGAUCUUGGCGAUAAAUCUUCGCCAGCUGAAGAGCCUGAGCCUACAACUCUUGGUGAUAUGCCCGUUGGAGAGCAGGACACUGGACUUCCCAGUACUUCUCAACAAGAUGUCUUGAGCGACGGGCUUCCUAAGGAGGCUGCUCAUGCUACCAAUGAGAGCCAAUCUCCUGUGGAUUCCGGGACUUCAGAGGCUGAAGCGAGGGCUGCCGGCCUCCGAGCUCAAGAAAAGGACUUGCAUGCCUAUCAAGAACCGGGGGACGAUGUGUCUAUAACACAGCCGGAACCCCAGCUUGAUGCUGACCCUGAAGCCAACCCACAGCUUAUCGUAGAGGAACUCCCCGAGAGGAAUUUAUCAUCCGUUGAUGAGGCUGUUGCAGUUGAGGAAGAAGCUCUCGAGGAUCUUGACAAACCUCUUAGUAAGAAAGAAAAGAAGAGGAGGAAGAAAGCUCAAGACGCAGCGCUGGCAGCAGCAACAGCAGCAGGACUAGCGGCGAUUACACCCUUGGAUCCAGACGCCCCCGAUGUGCUAGUAGCACAACAUGAGGUAGAAGAGGGCCCCAAGAAACUCCACGAGCCAACUACAUUGGAGGAAUCUAUCCCAGAUUCUCUCAACAUUCCUAUCGAGACUGAGAGUGCAGCUUCUCCUUCACAGCCUGAAAUGUCACAGGUUGAGGGGGCACCUCCGACCACCACUGAAACCGAGCCUGCAGUGGCGGUUGAGCCAGCAAUCGAAGAGGACCCGAGUGUUGAGUUUAAGAAGAGCAAGAAGAAGAAAAAGCAGAAGAAAUCUAAAGAGUCUGCCUUGGACACCGAAAGUCAAGCGCCAAUCUCUACGGAUGCUGAAGGACUCCUCGAGAAGGCUUAUGCGCCACCUGAAGAGGAAGUAACUCGCUCUGCGGAGCCUACAAUUACGCCCUUUCUAGAUUCUACAGUAGUUGAGCAAGUGGAGGAACCCCGAGAAGUGGACAAAUCUGGCGAUAAUGAAGCCUCUGCGGGUUAUAGUUCUACGCGAGAUCCUCUGACGGACCAUGUUUCUACGGAUAUAACUGGCCCUAGUUUUGGGAUAAACGAGUCUCCCGAAGCUUUCAAAGAACCUCUAGCAGCAACGAAGGAAUUGACUCAGCCGUCCCAAGAGCCUGUCGAAGGAUGGGAAGCUCCUGAAAAUGUCAGGGAAUUAACAGAGACAUUGAAGGACCCUUCAUUGGGCGAUACUACAAGGCCUGCCAGCCGGUCGUUGGAGAUGGGAAGUGACACUCUCAUAAGCGCGGAAAAGGAUGGAGGGGCACAAAAUGAUUCUGAUUUCAAGGAGCUACCCACCGAAUUGGAGCAUGCUUCCGACAAGCCACCUCCAUUUAAAUCUACAGCGACUACGGAUGCUACAGUUGAAAGCCUACAGGCAGAUGGCUCUGCAUUUCCUCUUGAGGAUGAGAUUCCAAAGGAAGACAGGGAAGAUACUUUAGCUUCGGGGCCCGAGGCUAUCAUCGAACCAGAACAGGUUGUGGUACCACAACCUGAAGCCAGGCCCGAAGAAAAAUCCUUGGAAGACUCACCUUUGGAAUUGGCAUCCGAUUCUCCAGCGGAUGCACCACAGACCGCGGAAACGGAAAGCUCGCCAGGGAAAACUGAUGAAAGCAAAACGUUGCCUUCCGAAAAUUCCUCACUUGGCCAGGCUGUAGAAACUCAAGACCUCCCCAACGUUUCAGGCUUAUCCAAGAAGGAAAAGAAGAAAAAGAAGAAGGAGGCCAAAGCCAAGGCGUUGGUUGCUGAAUCUAUUCUUGACCCUGUACCCGAGCCUCCCGCGGAGCCUGCCACUGAGCCUGGACCUACGUUGGCAUUUGAAGAUGAAAUUGGAGAAACCUCACCUGUAGUUAAGCCUUCCGCCGAGGUGGUGAAUGCGGCAGAGGGAAGCGCGCCCGGUUCUCGACUGGCAUCAGAGAAAGAUGAUACCGUCACCGAGCAGCUCUCACCAAAAGCUAUGGGAGAGAUCGAGGCGAGGGCGCCUGAGGUCGAAGUGCCAAAAGAAAUUGAGGCUAUCGAAGCCUCUGAAUCCAUUGAUGUCGCCGAGAAUAAGGGUCUUUCCAAAAAAGAGAGGAGAAGAAAGAAGAAAGAAGAGCAAUCAAAAGUUGCUGCCCUCGGUGAAGAACAGACCAUAGAAAGAUCAAUGGAUUUAGAGGAGGUAAUUGAAUCUGCUGGUGGCCAAUCAGGUGCUACCGCUGAAUCAGAUGCCAAGGAAGAGCGUCAAGAUCCAGGUUCCUCACUAGAAGAUCCCAUGGAUAUGCCUGUCCAAUCUGCACCGAUUCUCCGGCCCAACGAAAAAGAUGACAAGGCGCCCGAGGCCGAAGGCAAAAUGGGCGACAACUCGAGAGAUCUCGGCAGUAAGGAGCUCAGCGAACGGUUGCUAGCUCCCGCCAAGGAUGUCGAAGCUGCCGAAGAGUCAAGCCUCGUUUUUCAAGACACGCCAUCCCGAGUUGUAGAAACUCGCGAAACUCCCUCGACCAGUCAAGAAGACAUCCAAGAAGAGGAGAAAACGUGGGCUGACGACCGGGACAAGCUGGGAGGCUUAAGUACUGAGGUUCCAAGCCAACAAACCCCGGAGGAGGUGGCCAAGACCGUCGACACCGACAAGUCGGAUGUAGCCGAGCCCAACAUUUUUCCAGAGUUGGAAGUGCCAGUUGUACAAGACUCCGCCCUGGCUGCCAGGGAUGACGCGCCUAAUGCAGCUUCACCGCCUGUGGGUCCAGACACUCGCAUGCAGGAAGACCACGAUGACAAAACUUCUUCGCAUAUGACUGGGUUGUCUAGCAAGGAAAAGAAGAAGCUGAGGAAGAAGGCCAAGACCUUGGGCUUGCCUGAUCCAUUUUUAGAAGCCCCAGAAUCUCAGAAAGAAACCUCCACAGCCCUAGGCACCCAGGCUUCUGAGCUUGAGACAAGACCGGACUUGGAAGCUAGUAAAGCUCUCGAGCCAGAGGCUUCUAGGCAAGUGCAGGAACAGAUUGAAAGCAGCCGACUAGAUGCUACUUUGACAUCUGAGCCAAUCCCGGAAGAGCCGGAGGAUCGUCCAGCCGGAAGUCCGGACGUUGUAGAAAAUGAUGCCCCUGUGCAGAUCGGACCGCCGGAGCAGUCGUUCCCGCCUUUAGCUGAUACGACUAGACAAGCCGAACGCCAGGGACCUGAGUCGGCUGCGAAUCCGACAUUAGGCGAUGAGCAUCAGGCAAUCGAGGUUGAGACUGUUUUGAACGACCCUACCUCCAAAGAAGUACAGGCCAGUGACACAAAUGAAAAGGCUGAGUCUCUCAAACUCACUCCAACUGUGCUUCAAGGGGAUGAAGAAAAGCCAAGGCCUGUGCAAGACAAACCAGCGGCCGACUCAGUGAGUGAUGCUAAGCAGCUGGACUCGAACAUACAUCCUUCUCCAGAGACACCUGCGGCGCCUCUCUAUCAAGAACAACCGCAAGGAGACCGUGAACUGGAAGUAGCAGAGCCGCCGAAGAAGUUGUCGAAGAAGGAAAAGAGAGAGCUGAAAAAACAGGCACUUCUGGCCAGUGCAGGAGCCGUUGAAGCUACUCCCGACCCUCCCAGUAUUGAAUCUCAACCGAUCCUUGAACCCUCGAUCGAGCCCAAUGUUGAGAAUCAACCAUCUGCCAACGAUGGACAAGUGGUCGAGGCUUCACCUCGCUUAGAGGAAGACUCUGAGGCUCUACCUCCAGCUAAAAAGUCGAAGAAGGACAAGAAGAAGGAAAAGAAGUCCGCUCUUGCAGCAGCGGCGGCGGCAGCGGCGGCAGGCACCCUGGUCGCUUCCCAGUCACAAAACACAGCACCUAAAGAGACUCUAGACAUCCGUGCCGAUAAUGACCGGUCCCUUGAUGUGGAAGCUGCGCCUGCUAUCGAUGAGCCUAUGCCAGAUAUACCCGCAAGUGUCCCGGCAGAGGAAGCCUCUCUGGAGACUACGCCUUCUGGAGCCACUGGUCAGAAGCGUGACGAGUCAACUUUGGAGCAUAAUGACGAACAUGGUGGAGAGGAGGCUCAAGGCUCCGCCGCCCAAACUGAUGCAACCGUUGAUAUUCUGGACGUGCAGCAUAGUGAGGUCCCUCAGCGCGAACCUGAACAACAAGACGCAGGAGAAUCUGAGCAUCGCCCUCACCACGAAGAGCAACCUCGUGAAGCAGAUAAUUUGUCAAAAGUGUCAGAGCCUAAGCUUGAGUCAUCAGGUGACCAGCUUCAGGGCCAGCCUAAUGUUGAGACGUUAACAGAUACUUUCCCCACCAUUGACAAGGCUUUGGGGGAAGUGGAUGCUAUGGAAGGAAUAGAGCCAACUAGGGAGUUUUUCGACUCAGAGAUGGCUUCCCAGCCGGCGGCAACGCUCGAAGAAACUACGGAGCUCAACCUGCCUCAGCCUCAACUUCAUAUCGACGUUGAACCAGUUCUUGCGGAAUCUCACGAAGUUUCAAGGAAUGUCGAAGAACCAACAGCCAGCAAUGUGGACACUCGGCAAACCAAGUUCGUUCCACCUAUUGAUACUACAGAACGGGAUAGUGAUGUCUUAGAGGGAGCAUCGGAGCAAAGAUCGCGAAGGCUCGAGGAGGAAACUGAAGCGGCAAAGUCAAACAAGAAGAAGCAAAAGAAGGACAAGGGCAAAGACAAACAGGCGGUGACUUCAACUUUCGAGACGUCGAUGCCAGACCCUGCAACUUCAGCCAAAACGACGGUCCCGGAUCAAACAAAAGAGCCUUUGCUAGUAGAGAACAAGACAUCGAUGGAGGUUGAUAUACCAAAAUCUCUGGAAGAUGUUGCUUCGAAAGGGCUACCUUCAGCAGGUGAUGUUUCACAAGACAUCAUCCCUGUUCAUGUAGCUGUGCCUGAGGAGGUUCCUGGGACGACAUUCCCGGGCCAGUCAGCAACUUCUGAAAGGGAUAUCUUGGAUGCUGACAUGCACCGCAAGACGUCGUCUCCACCGAGAACUCCCAAGUCCCCAAGAAAGCCUCUUUCCGAUUUGCCUAAAGCAACCUCACCAAAAAGAGGUCUGGAGCAACCUCCAAGCACUGAAACGAAGGAAGAAGGCCUGGAGAAGACUUUGGCUUCUGCUGCUUCUGCGGCGGCCGCCGCAACCGCAAGUGGCUUUUCAUUUUUAGCUGGAAGAUUUGGUGGAUGGGGCAAUCAAAAGAAGGACGAGAAACCCGAGGUAGUGGAUAAGAGGACUUCACGGGAGAAAGAGGUUGUUGAACAUGACGAUCAUUCCUCCUCGAAGGGUGUUGAGAAAAAAAAGUUGCGAGAACAGGCUGAUGGCAAAAAGACUGGCGACAAAUCCAGUCGAAAACCUACUGAGGUCAAAGACUCACUAACGGAGAAAGUUUCGCUUGCCGCCAAAGAAAGCGACGAUUUCUGGAAGAGCCACGACGACCAUGUUACUGUCAAGGGCAAGGGAAAAGCGAAAUUGGAGACUUCGGUUUCAAGAGACAUUGAUGAUUUCAAAUUGACGAAGAGUGCUUCUAAAGGAAAGGCAAUUGAGAAGGAAGCUGCCAAAGAAAAAAGUCCUUCGAGCCAUAGGGGCAUAGCCGGACUUCUACGACGUGAACCUGACACAAAAGAGCCUGCCGGUAAGCUCUUUGAAGAAGACACACAUGCAUCAUCGACGUUAGGACGAGGGUUCGAUUCUACUUUUGUUGAUACUAGGGCAUCACCUACUCAUUCAUUACCUGUUGUUGAGGAGGUGCCAGAAAGUGAUGCCCCCAAGAUAUCUCGGGCCGCUACGAUGACUCCUGAUACCGGGAGGAGGAGGCUGAGGCGGUCGUCUUAUGGCACCCCUGUACUGGAGGAGCCCGUGACUACGAGGGCGACUCCAGAUCCGGAGAAGAAGAGGGCCAGGGCCGAGCCGGUAACGCCACUGGAGAAGGGCGAGCCUUCACCGCUACGAUUACAAAAGAUGAGAUCAGGUCCUUCACUACGACCGAGCUCGAGUCGGCGAAGGCUCGGUGAAGCUGUUGGCUCAGCAUCACCAUCACUGCGAAGGCUAGAAACCCGAGACCUGCGUUCACCUUCACCGGCGAGCGCACUGAAAUCGCCUUCGCCCGCGUCGCCUCCAUCCCUGCUCCCAGCGGCCGGGGUGGCAGCAGCAGCAGCACUAGGCGUUGGGGCCAUGGCGGGAGCGUUGAGAAGCACAGGGUCGCCCGACGAGACGAUGAGGGGCCGCCGCAGCGUGUCAGACAACAGCAACUAUCAAAGGCGAGCUCCAGGGCAGCGGGAGUCGCCUCAGAGUGCUGGCUCGGCCGAGCGCGGCGGGCCACGGAGAUCGGCGUCCAACACCAGCCUCCUGCGAAAACACACGCCUGAGCCACUCAAGUUUCGGCCUGAAACACCAGGCAUCCAGGGCGUUCGAUCCACCCCCACUCCACCGCCGUCUCUCCGCCGAGUCGACAAGCGCGUGAGCGGUGACCUUCGCUCACUCCGCCAGCAAAACAACUCGACUCCCGUCGCCAACGAGCGCCGUGUCCGCACCAAGGACAUGGGCGAUGUUUAUGAUGGCGUUGGGGAGGGCCGCAUUGGCUCGCCUCGUUCGCCCACACGGCCCCACAGCAUGCGUCGCCGCCAGAGCAUGCAGGUGCUCGAGCUCGAGUCCCGAGUCGAGCAAUUGAUUGCUGAGAACCAACAAUUGACCGCGGCCCGCGAGCAAGCCGAGCAGGGCAUCUCACACCGCAGCACCUCGGUCCUCGCCGAACGCGACGCCCAGAUCGAAUCCCUCAAGCAGUCGCUGCAGUUUCUACAGAACGAGGUCUCGCGCCUGACCGAAGUCAACAAUGGCCUCACAAGUGCCAAUGCCGAGCUCGCCCACAAGGACAAGACACGCUACGCUGAUCUCGAGGUUCGCCAUGCAGACGUCACCCGUGAGCUCGACUUGGCCCGCGGCGAGCAGAAUGCCUUCCAACAGACUAUCGAAGACAAGGACGCUGAGAUCGCCGAUCUGCGUGCUCAGCUUGAAUCUGCCAAGGAACAAAUCCGCGAGAUGCAACGCCAGAUUCUCGAAUCCAAAUCUUCUGACGCAGAAUUCCUAAACCUUCGCGAUGAAGACCACUUUGACCAUCGCUGCCAACAGCUGUGCUCCCACGUCCAGCAAUGGGUGCUUCGCUUCUCCAAAUUUUCCGAUAUGCGAGCUUGUCGCCUGACGAGCGAAAUCAAUGAUGAGAAAACCAUUGAUCGACUUGACAAUGCUGUUCUCGAUGGCUCUGAUGUCGAUAGAUACCUUAGCGACCGAGUCAAACGACGAGACAUCUUCAUGUCCAUGACGAUGAACAUGGUAUGGGAGUUUGUCUUCACUCGAUACCUCUUCGGCAUGGAUCGAGAACAGCGACAAAAGCUCAAGUCUCUUGAAAAGAUGCUUACUGAUGUUGGCCCUCCGCAAGCCGUACGCCAAUGGCGUGCCGUUACUUUGACCCUGCUGUCCAGGAGGGACACAUUUAAGCACCAGCGGGACCAGGACACGGAAGCCGUGGUUCAGGCCAUCUUCCAGACUUUAAGCAGGAUUCUGCCACCUCCAGGUAAUCUGGAAUCCCAGAUCCAGUCCCAGCUUCGUCGUGUCCUUCGAGAGGCAGUUGACCUGUCAAUCGAAAUGCGUACUCAGAAGGCUGAGUACAUGAUGCUGCCACCGCUGCAGCCUGAAUAUGAUGCGGACGGAGAAUUGUCCGCCACUGUUCAGUUUAAUGCCUCAAUGAUGAGCGACCGCAAUAGCAAAGGCCUCGCCAAUGACGAGCUGGAGGCCGAGGGGGCUAUUGUUCGAGUUGUUCUCUUCCCUCUUGUUGUGAAGAAGGGUGAUGAUGAAGGUGUUGGUGAUGAUGAGAUCGUCGUGUGCCCAGCCCAGGUGAUUGUGGCUGGCGACAACAGACAUAACUUUGGUGCCUCAAGCGAACUCGGAGGUACAUCUCUUGGUGCACGCAGUCGCUUGAGUGUGGUCACUGACAAAAGUUAA